AUGUUAGUUCGAAAUCCUCGUUCGCAUCCAGGUCUUCGAGGGCAUUCUCUCCGCAAAGCUACGUUACGGCUUAUUUACGGGCCAUUAUCACCAACAUCCGCUGCAGUACGCCAACCGCGAUGCCUCGCCGUGUCCCAAUCCUCUUCUCGCCGCGUCUCAUUACACACCCCGUUUCGCACCGCCCUCCAGGUCCGCUGGAACUCACAAAGCCUCGAUAAGGAAGACACGUCCCCUGAUCCUUUGAAACCGUUGGAAGAAGGAUCCAACGAGAAAUCAAUGGAGGACGGAGCACGACAGGCGGUCAGCACGAUACAGCAAGGGAAGCGCGAGCAGCGACACAGCAAAAUCGACCUCUGGGACCACGUGCCAGCUGCGAGCGAAACUGUGUACAUCGGGAACUUGUUCUAUGAUCUCACGGCUGAGGAUCUUCGAAAACAUAUGGAGAAAUACGGAACAGUCGUGAAGACAUACAUCGUGCAUGAUGCCCGAGGCAUAAGUAAAGGGUUCGGCUACUGUGAAUUCACCUCAAUCGAUGGAGCUUGGAAUGCCAUCCAAAAUCUGCACAAUCGGGUCCUGGAAGGACGCCAGGUCGUCCUGCAGUACGCUCGCAGUCAGGUUCAUAAACACAGCGUUAAGGAAAACCCAUCCAAUACCCUCUUCAUUGGAGGGAUUCCAUACGAACUUUCGGACCGUGACCUGCAGAACAUUUUCAAGGACAUUAAAAACGUUCUGGACGUGCGUAUCCCCGUGGACCGCCGGUCGGGACAGAUCCGCGGUUUUGCGCAUGCGGAAUUCCUCAAUGUCGAGUCUGCCGAGAAGGCGAAAGAGAUUCUCUUGAAUCAAAAGCCUUCUGGCCGGACGUUGAGGGUUCACUUUGCCGAGCAUAAGCGGGUGGGCUUGUUGGUUGGUCAGAGUGAUCGGAAUCGAGCACGAGAGGCCCAUCGGGAACGGGAACAGGAACGAGAGGAGAUGGAGAUGGAAGAUAACCAAUCCCCUUCUGAUCGUUUCAAUGCAGUGCCCUAG